AUGCUGCUGAUUACGACGCCGGGGGCGGACCCCAGCAUAGAGCUGUCCGAGGUUGCGGCGGCAACGGUCGGGCGCGGGGCGCUGCGGGAGGUGGCGAUGGGGCAGGGGCAGGCGGAGGGCGCGCUGCAGCUGCUGCAGGAGUGUGCCAAGUCAGGCGGCUGGCUGGUCCUGAAGAACUGUCACCUGGUGACCCCCUGGCUGCCAACGCUGGAGAAGGCGAUCCACGCGCUGGCCGGCCGGGCCGCCAGGGGCUUCAGGCUGUUUUUGACCGCGGAGGCGCACCCCAGGUUCCCGCCCACGCUGCUGGAGGCGUGUGCAAAGGUCACGUUUGAGGCUCCCCCGGGCGUCAAGCAGAACCUGGCCCGCACCUACGUGUCCUGGGGGCCCGAGUGGCUGGCAGAGGGGGGGCCCCUGAGGGCGCAGCUGGCGUUCCUGCUGGCCUGGUUCCAUGCGGUGGUGCAGGAGCGCCGCAGCUACGUGCCGCAGGCUUGGUCCAAGCACUACGAGUUCUCGGCCGCAGACCUGAGGACCGCCCUCGACUUCGUCACCCGGGCCGCCGACGCCGCCCGCGCGCGCGGCGGCGGCGGCGCGGACGGCGGCGCGCGGGGCGUGCCGUGGCGGCACUUGACGGGCCUGCUGCUUGAUGCGGUGUACGGCGGACGCGUAGACUGCGCAUACGACGGCAAGGUCUUGCGGGCGCACCUGGCGGCGAUCUUCAGUCCGGACGUCCUGCCAGACGCCUCCGGCCGCGCCCGCCGCCGCCUGCCGGGCCUGCCCGCGCAGCUGCCGUCGGGCGCAGCCGCGCUGCGGCGGCAGGAGUGGCUGUCUGUGGUGGCGUCGCUGCCAGAGAGGGACGACCCCGCGCUGUUCGGCCUGCCCGCGAACAUCGGCCGCGCGGCGGCGGCGGCGCAGGGCGCGGCGGCGCUCGCGGCGCUGCGGCGCCUCGGGUUCGGCGGCGGAGGGGGCGGCAGUGGAAGCGGCCGGAGCACAGUGGACCGAGUGCUGUGGGCAGGGCGGCUUGCGCCGCUGCUGCGGCUUUGGGAGCAGCUGAUCAGCGCCGCGCCGCCCGCGGUGCGCACGGCCGCCGCGCCGGCGGCGGCGCCCGCGGCCGUGCCCCACGGCCAGCAGCAGGCGGCCGCUAGCGCGGCGGCGGGAGCCGCGGACGCGGCGGCUGCGGCGGACGCGGACGGGCCCCUGGGGACGUUUGUCGCGCUGGAGCGCUCCCACGCGGCGGCUGUGGUCGGCGCGAUCGGCGCGUCGCUGGCGGCGCUGCAGCGGGCGCUGGACGGCGCCGGCCAGAUCACGCCUGCUGUCCAGGCCUGCGCCGCGUCCCUCCUGUCCGACGCAGUGCCAGACGCGUGGGACCGCCUGUGGGAGGGCCCCGAGGCGCCCGCAGACUACUGCAGAGGCGCGGUCGCAAGGGCGGCGGCGAUCGAGGCUGUGUGGGUGCCCCGGUUCCUUCCUGGGAGCGCCGGCGGCGCGGACGGGCGGGGCCGGGACAUGGGGCAGCAGCUGGUGCGGCAGCCGCUGGAGCUGCGGCAGCUGUUCCGGCCGGGGGCGCUGCUGGACGCGCUGCGGCAGCGCGCGGCGCGGCUGCAGGGGCGCAGCGGCAGCGGCGGCGGCGGCGGCGGCGGCGGCGGCGGCGCGACGGCGCUGGACGAGCUCCGCCUGGCGACGGCGUUCGACCCGCGGCGCCUGCCCGCGGGCGCGGCGGCGGCCGCGCUGUCCGGGCUGAUGCUGCAGGGGGCGCGGCUCGACGGGGAGCGGAUGGCGGCGGUCGCGCAGGACGACCCCCUGUCCCAACCGCUGCCAGUGCUCUACGCCACCUGGCUGCCGCGUGGCGCCCCCCUGCCGCACCCGCAGCAUGUCGCUGCGCCCUUGUACCUGUCCCGCGAGCGCUGCGGCGCGGUGAUAGCAGAGGUGCAGCUGCCGGUGGCGGGGCCAGAGGUGGCCGAGGCGUGGGCGUUGGCGGGGGUGGCGCUGGUGCUGCCAGAGGGGUGA